AUGGCUUCCAAGGACAAACGUACCAACUUUGACGACUUUUGCAAACUGGAGAAAUUUUGGUGCAUUGGCAGAUCGGCACAGUUUCCUUGGCGCGGCAGGGAACUAUAUACACUUCAACACUUCGACUGUUUGCUUGAAGUAGAAGCGGCGACUACUCCUGAGAGUGUCCGUAUCAACAUUACCGAUUUUCUUCGCAUCACUUCUACUAUAGGAAACAAGAAAGGAAAUCUUACCAUAUCUGCGACACGCGGCCAGGACGUCGCCCCAUCGAAUACCUCCACAUCCUUCGAGGAACUACGCUGGUACGUCCUAAUAGCUCUAACAGAGUUCAUCCGCAAGCAUCCGGAUGCCAAUCACAGUCCCUGCCCCAACAUCUGGAUCAAUGGCCUCGGCCAAGUUGUUGAAAUCGAGAGCGCAGACACGACGAUGGAUCCUCAAGCGUACACACAGAAGUACACACCCUGGAGCACACAUCGCCGUACCAUCUUCCGAGAAUACGGCCUUUCACUCAAAGGGCAUACCUACUGGCACGAUACUGAUGGCUAUACCCCACCUGCCGAGGCUUUCGACGGCUCUGCACGCUUCUAUAUCGGCUGGCUUCAGCGGUGUGGGCUUGGUGUGAAUCCGAAGUACUGGUCUGAUGCCUUUUUCCAGAUUCCGGAUGCGUAG